CUGUUUUUUUUUCUCUUUUAAUUACUAGUGUAUGUCUUGCGGACCAAAUGGUGAAGGCCAGUGUGUUGGAUCCAACAUAUGCUGCCACAAAGACGGUUGCAUCAUAGGCACACUCGCAAAGGAAUGCAAUGAGGAAAACGAGAGCACGACAGCAUGUUCUGUGAAAGGGGUGCCGUGUGGAACUGACGGACAAGGACGAUGUGUUGCCGACGGUGUUUGCUGCGAUGAAUCUGCCUGCUCGUCGAACGCUCGCUGUAACACCAGUGGAGGACGUAGUAAAACCUUGAAAGACUUACUCUUGAUUCUAAACAAAAUGUAUAGGGACAAAAAUUAAAGACCCUUCCCCACGUCCCAGAGAGCAUAUAUCUGAUGGCAAUGUGAGAGAUUCUAGACUGUAUUUGGAAAAUUAUAAAUAAAUAAUAAUAAAUAAAAUACAAUGCUAAAUAAAUACUUGUGACCGAUAUGUUAAUUUACCUAUUGUAAUAGAAACGAAAAA